AUGCGGCUUGUCAACCCGCUCGAGCGCAGCAGCCGGUCCCCCUGGGUCGCCAACGGCCUUGACGGCAUCCAUGAGCUCACGCGUCACGACACGCUCGUCGAUGUGCGCCACCCGCGGUUCCUGUGCGGCGUCGUCCUCGGCCAGAUCGCCAACCCGGCCCAGCAGGGCAAGCGCAACCUCGAGGAGGGCACGCGCGUCGUCGCGAUCACGUUCAUGCGCGGCCUCGCCGAGUACGUCGCCGACCGCGAUGAGCGCAUGGGCUUCAAGGGCGACGGCGUCCUCUCCAUCGGCUCUGCCAAGGUCGCGCUCGACACGAUCAAGAUGGGCCAGCAGGACCGCAAGGUGAUCCUCGUCGUGACGUCGCAUAACGUCGCCGACGAGCUCAAGAAGCUCGGCGGCGCCCAGGGCGUCAUGUGCGUCGACAUGCCGGUCCAGCGGGUCGAGCAGCUCCUCGAGGGCUGCCGCUUCCACUCGUCAAUCGUCCUCCUCUCGCCUGGCCAGGAGAAUGAGAAGCAGAUCCCCAUCGCCCACAUCCUCGCCAGUCGUCGGCGUUCCCCGGGCAGAGCAGGUCAGGCGCGAGCGCGCAUCGAGGGUCGACCGGCGAGCGGCCAGAGGUGGGAAGGAGAUGGGAGGGAGCCGGGGGAGGUGUAGCGGGCUCGAGGCAACGUCGAGGUCAUGCUGGUUCCUCGCG